CCGCGCGGUGACAGCUGCACUUCCUUCCCGCAGGGGCCCGAGCCGCGGCGCCAGGAUGGGAAACAGUGCCCUCCGCGCUCACGUGGAAACCGCGCAGAAAACCGGGGUCUUUCAGCUGAAGGACCGUGGGCUGACCGAGUUCCCUUCAGAGUUACAGAAGCUGACGAGCAAUCUCAGGACCAUCGACUUAUCCAACAACAAGAUCGAGAGCCUGCCGCCUGUGAUUAUCGGGAAGUUCACGCUGCUCAAGAGCCUCUCCUUGAACAACAACAAACUGACUGUUCUUCCUGGUGAGUUAUGCAAUCUGAAAAAACUGGAGACGCUAAGCCUGAACAACAAUCACUUGAGAGAGUUGCCGUCUACCUUUGGGCAACUGUCUGCCCUCAAGACCCUGAGCCUCUCUGGGAACCAACUGCGAGCACUACCACCCCAACUUUGUAACCUGCAGCACCUGGAUGUGGUGGAUCUCUCCAAGAACCAGAUUCGGAGCAUACCUGACAUAGUGGGGGAGCUGCAGGUCAUCGAACUCAACCUCAACCAGAACCAGAUAUCUCAGAUCUCAGUAAAGAUAUCUUGCUGUCCUCGCCUUAAAGUUCUUCGCCUGGAAGAGAACUGCCUUGAGCUCAGCAUGCUUCCACAGAGCAUCCUCAGUGAUUCCCAGAUCUGUCUGCUUGCUGUGGAAGGCAACCUUUUUGAGAUAAAGAAACUUCGAGAACUAGAAGGCUAUGAGAAGCCACAGGCUGCAUGGAUAAUCCUAUUUGUCAACAGGAUCUGUUUCCCAUUUUGGAGUACAUGGAGAAGUUCACAGCCACCAAGAAGAAGUUUGCAUGAUGUUCUCCACAAGCAUGGGAAUCCUCACAGGACGUUAAUUUGGAACCUGCUGCAAUCUGGCCAAAGCAAAGGCUCCUGUUGCUGUCAAGGAUGUCUGCAGUAAGGAGCUGAUACUCUAGGAGAUUAUAUUGCAUUUGAUCUCUUUCCUUUCCAGAGCUUAUCUUAAAUAAGCUAAAAGGAAUCAACAGACAGGAAGAAUUCUCCGUUUUGAGUCAUGAAUAGGGCAAUGGACAAUGUUGAUCUUCAAAUCAUCAUUAGUUUGGUUUUAAGAAACCAAUAACUAGUUGCUAUUUAUACAGUGAGGGGAUGCUGCCUGGUAAUAGAAUAGCUCCACGCCACAGCUUGAAAUUUCAUGUGUAGUUUCAAUGAGUGAGCUUUCAUAAAAUCAGCUGCCAUCCCACUUCUGUGUUAACAUUUCACAUUUUUAUGAUAUUGAAAUAACUUGUUGAGAGGCUGCUAUGGUUAAUCUAAGGAUCUGUGUGUUGUUCCCGUCCAUCAGUUCAAUUAUAGUAUUUAUACUUGGAAUUUAGGAUGUACAUAAACAUGUGACUGUCUUGAUUAAAAGUGUACCUUGUCAGAGAAGCUUCACUACAACACUAAGACAUGUUCCCAAGGCUGCAGUAGCAACUUCUUUACUAUUGCAGGUGCCUUAUUGGUAGAAGGCUCUGAAGAGCUAGAACCAUAUAUGCAAAACUUGUAAGAUACAAGGGUUUUAAUAAUCAAGAUUUUCCUGAAGCUUUGGUAGAAAUAAUGUCUUAUUUCUGGUAAUCCUUUUCUCCUUUUUGUAUUUUAUAACUCUACUAAUCAAAUUACCUGUCAAAAAGCAACUAUAGUAUUUUAAAACAACCUAUGUUUAUCAAGUUUAUUCUCUGAAUGAGAGAAUAUAUUAAAUAAAGAAUUUUUAAUUAACUUUUUGGUUGGAAGAAAGGUUCAUCCUUUAAAAGAAGACAGGAAAACUAACCUGUAAAUGGCCUUUUGUUUGAAAAUAAACUGAUUAGGAAGAAAUGUUUCAUGUUGAGGUUGCAUAAGUACUGCAAUGCCUUCAUGUGACUGAUAAACAUCUUGUGGUAGUGGAACCAUGUUUAUUAAGAGAAACUGAAGGUACAAAGGUAAAUGUUUUCAAAUUGUUAUUGAUAUGAACAUUUAUAAAGUUACCACUCUGUCAUUUUUUGAAGUUUUGUCUUGUCCAAGGGGCUAUUAUUUACAAUAUAUUUACAGUUCUUGUUUUACAAACCUAGGUUGACCUUUAUGUCAAAAGAUCAUAGGAGCGUAGUAUUUAAUCUGUAUGAGGAACUCUCUCUGACCUUCAGUCUGGUCUGGUAUUCUUUUUCCCAUGUUAUUUUCUGUUUCUCAAUUUGGGGAGGAAUAGUUUAUCAUUCUUGAGUUUUAUUAAAAAAAAAACACUUUAAUCUUAUUGAUCAGUUAAAUGGACAAUUAACAUUUCUCUAUUUUAUCAGUACUUAUCAUCUAAUAAAUCAGAACUUAUAAAUUAAA